CCCAACCCUCUCCUCUCCUCUCCUCUUCCACUUGGAAAUUUUCCUCUCCCAUUAUCACGAUUCUUCAACGCACAAUCCCAACCAAUCCAAAACAAACGAGCAUAAUACAAUUUUAGCCGUAUAAUUGAAGAAGCUUAGGAGAAAGAUUGAUGAAUAUGGAAAUCCCAGACAUGAAAUUGAUAAGUGAUUUUGAAUGCCUGCAGAACCCAACUUUGAUUUCACGUUUGUUUUCACUUUCCGGACCUCGAGUUUUCAGUUUUUGGAAAUGGGGUGCUGUGAUUUUUCUACUUUUUGCAACUCUUAGAAGCUUAAUCAAGAGAAUCAAACUCAUUUUUGUCCAUUUCUGUUCACUCAUCAAGCCUUCUCCUCACCCUUUCAGUGAAGAUUUUGAGUUUAGCGAAGGCGAUGAUUGUUCCUCGAUUUCAUCGGAAGAAGAAGAGGAGAAAAAUAUUCAAACUACUUCGAUAUCAGAUCAACGUAAAAUUGAUGGAGAUUUUUGUGUAAAGGGGCGGCAAAUUGGUAAUUUGAGGCAACGGACGCGGCGGAGCAGCGGCGAUGAAAGGUUUGCGUGGUCCGAAUUUACUUGCGGUAAACAUGUUGUAAAGCUUUGGGAUAGUUUAGAUUUUGGUUUGAAUUUGGCUGAAGAUAAUGAUAAUAAUAACUGUAAAAGCGUUGUUUCGUUAUGGGAUUUUGAUCAUGAAGAGAAAAAAGGCAAUUCUUUUGGCCGAAGGUGGAAUAUUCCGGCACUGGCGAUGGAAUCUCCGGAGGUGGUUUUGACUGCGGAAGGUAAUGAAAAGAGGGACGACGUCGUUCUGGGUGGUUAUGACAAGAGAAUGCCACGUGGGAUUCCGGCUAUAUAUGCUGAAUGGGGCCCAACGAACUCCACCGCAGCUGCGGCGGCUGCUGUCUCCACUGGCGGAGUUGAAAAGGUUUAUGUCCGAAACGGCGUUACUGGGGGUUUAACUGUUGGUGACAUAAGGAAAUUGAAGACUCCGAUUGAGAAUGUGACGGAAUCUGGCGGCGAGACAUGGUGGGAAGCUGACGCCGUUAUUGUGUAGGACGAGUUGUACUGAGCUGUCGUCCAAGAAACCCCGUGGUUCCGUAUGUUGACCCUUGAGUUAACGUGUUCCAUUUGGAAAACGUAAACUCAUCUAUUCAAAAUUGUACAAAGCUUCUUGGAAAGAGACCGUUGUCUGUCUGUAAAUGCUUUUAUGUUAAUUUAUGAAAUCGAUAAUUAUUGAUCAAAUUUAUUUUAUUUUAGAUA